GGCGUUUGUGUUUAUUGAAAUUGGAACAACUGCUGCAAAUUGGCAUGUCAAUUUAGAGUGAUGUGGUGAUGCCGUGUGGAUCAAUUGAUUGUAAUUCGCUUCGACGGAUGGAAUGGUUCUGCACUGCCUCAUUUUCUAUCUGCCCUACCCUACCCUAUAGAGCCAGGACCGAGACAAGUCUGGUUCUGCUCCAUCAUAUUGUUUACUGGGCUGCUUAUUUCAUGAGGUACAUUUGGUAUAUGACUUUGCUACUGAAUUCAGAUUUUUUCUGGUUAAAUUCCAAGUUUGCAGUGAUGUGGGGUUGUGGCCCUUCAUCACAUUACUACAGGUGCAGAUUCAGUCUGGUCCAGCACACAAGCGUGACCAGAAUGGUUCAUUCCCAGCUUAUACAGAUCUUGUUCCAGCAUAUAUGCAUUUCGGCAUUCGAUCUCCUUCAAGAAUAGAUGAUUUGAACCUCUUGCGAUAUUGAGAUGGAUGAUUCAACUUAUUCUCCGUCAAGGUCUCUGGAUAUUAUAUUCUCUGCAAAACCCCUUCAAGCUAAAUUGCGUUUGAAGGUGACAAUGUUGACAAUUGUAGCCCAUACCCAUACAUGGACGUCGAAUAAUGACAUUACUGGUAUAUUUUUAACUUAUAUAUUAUACAUUACAUUAUAUUGUUUUUU